AUGAUUCCCUUACAGACAUUACGUGCCAGCCUUUCAAGGCGAUGUAUCGCCCCAAUUACCAUCCGGACAUAUGCCAGCCAAACGCCAGACAAACCGAUGCUCGAGGUCUUCAAUCGCAAAGUCAAGCACCUCCAGAAAGACCGGGCAGCCCGAAAUGUCGAAGAGUCUCGAAAAACCGACUACCUCAAGGAUGAAGUAGCAAGGCGGUUAGCCGAGCGGUUACUGGACAUUAAACGCGAUCUACCGCAUGUCCUCGAUCUAGGCGCAAACAGCUGCAACAUCGCCCGAGCCCUCACAUCCCCCGAUCUCGACUCCAGCAUGCCGGAAGGAACCAUCACACCACCACUCUCCAAGAAGAUCUCCAAACUGACCUGCGUGGAGACAUCCCGGGCCCUCCUGCACCGCGACGAAAACGAGCCCUUCAACCAAGACCUCGACAUCCAGCGCGAUAUAAUUCCCGACCUGGAGACGCUGCCGUAUGCGCCGAACAGCUUCGACGCCGUGCUCUCGUCGCUCUCAAUCCACUGGAUCAACGACCUGCCCGCGCUGCUGGAACAAGUGAACACAAUCCUCAAGCCGGAUGCGCCGUUCAUUGCUGCCAUGUUUGGCGGUGAUACGCUGUACGAGCUGCGCGGGUCGUUGCAGCUGGCUGAUAUGGAGCGGCGCGGCGGUGUCAGUCCGCAUGUGUCGCCGUUGGCGGAUGUCAAGGAUGUGGGGAGCUUGUUGACUCGGGCGGGAUUCAAGAUGCUUACGGUUGAUGUUGAGGAUAUUGUUGUGGAGUUCCCGGAUACGUUUGCGCUUAUGCAGGAUUUGCAGGCGAUGGGGGAGGGGAAUGCUAUUAUGAAUCGGGAUUCGGCGCCGUUGUCGAGGGAUGUCUUGUUGGCUAAUGAGGCUAUUUAUCGGGCUUUGCAUAUGGAAGAGGGGGAUCGUGGUAUCCCUGCGACGUUCCGGUUGAUUUAUAUGAUCGGCUGGAAGGAAGGGGAGGGACAGCCACAACCGUUGAAGCGCGGUAGUGGUGAUGUUAAUCUGAAAGAUAUUCUGGGUGGAGGUGACUUCGAGAGGCCAUGA